AGCCGGAAAAGAACCUUACCGGAUGCGCCACGAGUGUAUCUGCACGCGCCAUCGCAGAUUUUGUCGUACUGCUUGGACGACCUCGACACGCCCAAGCUCAACCACUUGGGCGAGAAGCUAUGGUGGGCAGGUCCAUGUCCAGAGAUUGUAUCUCUAACCCAGCAGCUGGUGCUCGAUCGAAGGAUCCAGGUCACCGAAGAUCCGGCAGUGCAUUGUCUGUGGGUCGAAGGGUUGGUCUAUCUGAAGCCGUUGCCAUCAUACUUGACCUCGUAUGCCUUUUGGGAGUAUCUGUACGAUGUCUCCAUCGACCAGACUAGCUUAGAGGAGCGCAAGCGUCUGAAAGCGACAGCGCUGGGCUUCUUGAGAACCUACGCACGCCUGAUCCAACGACGAUCCGACUUCAACUUGGCUCGCCGUAGCGACCUGUUGCCACUCGGUAGCACGACAUUUGAGGCAUUUGUCGCCUUCAUAACUGCGUUCGACACAGUGCCAGACCAGGCUGUUAGCUCUCGGUGGCGCUUCGGGCUUCUCCAGCUCGACGCGCUGAACUUCCACUCAGCAUUACAUCUGCGACGCUGGCACCUCAAUCGCUUCGAAUCACGUUAUACUGCAUACUUUGAACGGUUCUUUCCGGUGGUGCUGUUCAUCUUCGCAUUGUUUAGCGUGGCUCUGAGCGCGAUGCAGGUCAUUCUU